AUUCAACCAGACUUAGUGACUGCUAGAUGUGGGGAGCAAGGGAAAGGGCGGAGUCAGACAUAACACAGUUAGCAGUUAGCACUUAGCACGUGAGACCCCGCUGCCUGGCCAUAGACCCCUCCCUUCAAGACAGGCUCCUGCAGUAUAGCAGAGGGAAAGACUCAGCAUCUGGGUUUCGAACAGGCCUGGAUUUGAAUUUUGACCCUGCUGCUCACGAGCUGUGUGACCUGAAGAAGGGUAUAUCCGUCCCUUUGUGAGCAUCAGUUUCAUCGGUAAAAUUGGGAUAAUAUAAAUACUGACUUUGGGUGGUCUUUUGGAGGAAAUCGUUACAUGAGGCAAUGUACUUUGUAAAGCCCUGGAAGUAUAUCAGGCAAAGUGUGAGUGCCCCAGAAGUGGUCAAGUUACACUCAUCAUCCUAACUCCCGGUCAUCUCCGUCUGGCACUGAGAAUGUCUUCCUUCCUGAAGGUGGACAGACUCCAGGCAGACUUUGAAGAAGGCAGGUUCAUGCAUUCACUACUGUUUUUUUCUAAAUCUCCCAUUAUGUACCAGACACUGUUCCAAGCACUGGGGAUAGCAGUGAACAAAGCAGACAAAAAUCUCUCCCUUCCUUGGAGGUUACAUUCUGGAAAUAAAUGUACAAUAUGUUUUACUAAGCGCCAAGGAGAGAAAUAAAGUAGGGGAAAGGGAUAGGAAGUUUGGGGAGGUGGGGUGGCUAGGGAAGACCGCCAGGGGAAGGUGACUUUUGAGUCUAGGCUUAAAAAAGGUGGGGCAGAAAUGCAUGAGGCUGUGUGAAGAAAGAACAUUCCAGGCAGAGGGAACAGCGAGAGGUGCAGUGUAUCUGGUAGUGCUCAGAUCUCCGCCUCAGUCACACCUCUAAGAUCACACAGCCAGUCAAGAGUAGAGAAACUAUAAAGACAAAUAAAAAACUGAAAACCACAGAGCCAACCAAACCUACCAUGACGCCUGAUUUCUGCCUUUUUCUUCACCACUUCCCCCCCACCAUUUUCCGGGACUGAGUUCCAAGAUGAUAACAAGAGCCAGCAUUUACUGUGUGCCAGGCACUCUUCUAAGUACUACCAGUUAUUAGCUCACUAAUUCUCCACAACAACCAUAUGAAGUGAGAGCUUUUCAUGAUCUCCACCUCAUAGACAACGAAACUGAGAUACAGAGAGGUUAAGUGACUUUCCCAGGGUCACAUAGCUAGUAUCUUCUCCACCUCCCAUAAAUCCUUGUAGGUCAGUGGCCAGUGGUGGGGCAAUUGAACUCCAGAGACCUGAGUCAUAACCUGACUUGGCUAGCAAUGAGACCAUGGGCAUAUCACCCUGCUACUAUGUUUUCUAUACCUGAAAGAGAGAAGUUUGGAGUAUUGAAAGCCCCAGUUUCCUCAUCUGUACAAUGGGGUUGAUUAUAACCCCUGCCUCACUGUGGUCCUUUUCGAGUGUUGAAAUGAGACGAUGCAAAUAAAAUGCCUAGCUCUGUACUUGGCACAUAAUAAGUGUUUCAUAAAUGGCAGCUACAAAUGCCAUGAUGAUGAUUCUAGAUAAUCUCUAAGGACUAGGCCAGCUUUGGACUUUUCUGGUUCUAUUCUAAGAAGGCUCAGUAGGCCUUGUCCAAGUAUCUUGACAGCCAUGCCUCAGCAAGCGCUACGCCUGUAUGGUUGUGCAGGUGGGAAGGCCUGGCCACGGCGGUGCGUGGGGGCUCGAAUCGAACCUUUGUGUUGCGCACCUGUUCAGGACUGCUGCCUCCUGGAGGAAGGGACCUUGCCUCUAAUUUUCACAAAGGGCUAGUGGGGGCCCCCGUGGGUGUUGUUGAAAGAAAAACACAACUGUUUUUCUAUACAUUCUACUCACAAUGCUUCUGACACCAAAUGUGUGGGUUUUUCCCACACUGACCAAUUCUCUGCCACUAGCUGCGUGUCCUACAAUUCAACUCUGACACUACCUGGAGAUAGUGUCAGAUUCCACAGGUUAAGGGCUCAGUCCCACAAGAGUGCGUCCACUUCAGGUGCCAGUUGCAAGUCCAGGCCUCCUUUACUUCUGACCAACUGACCAGCUAUAAAUUGGGGUGUCCCAUAACCCCUUCCUCAGAUUCAAUAAUUUGCUAGAAUGUCUCAUAGAACUGAGGGAAACACGUUCAUUGAUUUAUUAUAUAGUAAAAGAUAUAAUACAGAUGAAUAGCCAAUAAAGAGGUAUAUAAGGUCUAGAAGGGUCCUGAGUACAGGAGCUUCUGUUUCUACAGAGUUGGGGUGCUCCACCCUCUCGGCAUGUGGAUGUUUGCUAGCCUGGAAGCUCUAUCCUCCCCAUAAUUUAGGGAUUUUUAUGGAGGCUUCAUCACAUAGGCACGAUGGAUUAUUAACUCAGUCUCCAGGCCCUCUCCCUAGAGGUUGAGGAUGGGGUGGGGCUGAAAGUUCCAAGCUUCUCAUCUUGACUUGGUCUUUCUGGUGAUCAGCCACCCACCAGGAGCCACCCAGAGUCACCUCAUUAGAACAAAAGAUGCUCCCAUCACCCAGGAAAUUCCAAAGGAUUUAGGAGGUUGGUGUCAGGAACCAGGGUCAAAGACCAACUAUUAGAACAAAAGAUGCUCCUAAUCCUUUAUCACUUAGGAAAUUUCAAGAGUUAGGAGCUCUGUGUCCAUUUUGGAGACGAAGAUUAAUUAUAUAUUCCUAUUAGACCACAAUGUCACAGCUGUAAACAUGCCCUUCACCCUGAUGUGGUAGAGUCAAAAACACAGGCUUUGGAGCCAAACUUCCUGGGAUCAGAUUCCAGCUCUACUAAUAAUUGGUCAUAUAUCCUUGGGUGAGCUACCUACGGUAGCUCCUCUGAGCCUGGGUCUGUCACUUUAAAAUGGGGAAGCUAACUGCUACCUUUUAGGGUAGUGAAGAGGAAAGGAGCAAAGGAGAUAAUGCAAGUAAAGCACUGACUCUUGGGGGUCCCAAUGGGCCAGUGGCUGUCAUGAAAGGGACUGGGAGGCCUUGCUCUCUUUCCUCACUCUUCAGCAGACCUAUCUGCAAUCCAGCAACUGACAGAGUAGCACUGACUGUGUGCCUGGCUGUCAGGGAUGUUGAACUUUUGCAUAUCACCUCUGUUUAUCACCUUCCUCCUUUUUCUCCAGGAGAGGAGUCAGAGCAAUCUUUUUGGAACAUGAAAUGGACUGUGGAGGCAAGGUCGUUUAGUCCAAAUAGUAGCAGUACUAAAUGGGAAAAGAAGGUUUUUUGGGGGGGUGGGGAAUUGUAUGAGGAACUCCUGAUGCAAAACACCUCAGAGGACAUGUGUGACCCAGGGCAUUGGGAAGGAGAGCGCUCCCAGGCUUCGUGGAGGGUGGACGAGGGGCCAAGAGCUCUGCUCUCAGGUCAGCAGGCCUUGCUCUGUGGACAAGCCCCACCUGUUAUCAGCUCUGUGUGACUUUGGCUAAAUCACUAUGGCUCUGGAACUCAGAUCUUCAACUGAAAAAUGGAACUCCAAAGCCCUGGCUAUGCCCACAGGGGAGAGCAGCUGUGAGGUGCCUUCUGUGCUGUGCUGUGACUGCCACAGCUGGCAUUUGGAUUGCCUGCUAUUCCUUUUGGAUGAGCCUCCCAGAAAGAGAGGGAAGAGGUCCAGCAGAAGGGACUCACUGAGCCACCCCCAUUCCGCUCCAUGUUGGCUGUGCUCUCAGGCUGGCACCAUGCCCCCCCCAGCAGAGGUGAUGGACCCGUCCCAUGCCCCCGCCGUCCUGCGCCAGCUCAAUGAGCAGCGGCUCCGUGGCCUCUUCUGUGACGUCACCCUCAUAGCCGGAGACACCAAGUUCCCUGCUCACCGCAGCGUCCUGGCUGCUUCUAGUCCCUUCUUCAGAGAGGCCCUGCUCGCUUCAGCCCCACUGCCCCUCCCACCAAUUACUGGGGGCUCAGCCCCCAACCCUGCUACUACCACAGCUGCCUCCUCUUCUUCCUCCUCUUCCUCCUCCUCCUCCUCUUCUUCCUCUUCUCCCCCUCCAGCCUCACCCCCCACUUCAUCCCCACCUCGGGUCCUGGAGCUGCCAGGGGUCCCAGCAGCUGCCUUCUCUGAUGUCCUCAACUUCAUCUACAGUGCCCGGCUUGCACUACCUGGCGGUGGAGGGGACGGGGCAGCUGUGGCAGAGAUCGGAGCUCUGGGGCGGCGUCUGGGCAUCUCCCGCCUGCAGGGCCUGGGGGAGGGAGGUGAUGCCUGGGUACCUCCUACCUCAGCCCCCAUGGCCACCUCGCAGCCUGAAGAGGACAGUUAUGGGCCUGAGCCUAGGCCAGCCGGGGAGUGGGAGAGUGACAGGGCUGAGGCCCAGGCCCCUGACUCACAGCCCACCUUGUCCCGGCGGCCCAUCCCCUGUCCCCGAUGCGGGAAAAGCUUCAUCCAUCCCAAGAGGCUACAGACCCACGAGGCACAGUGCCGUAGGGGGGCCAGCACUCGGGGGUCUGCAGGGCUGGGAGCCGGGAGCUCUGGCCCCAGUGGCCCUGCAGGAGUGGACGCCUCAGCCCUGACCCCGGCAGUGGGCUUUGGAGGUGGCCCUGAGCAUGUAGUGAAGGUGGUGGGCGGCCACGUGCUGUAUGUGUGCGCGGCCUGUGAGCGUUCCUACGUGACCCUGUCCAGCCUGAAGCGGCACAGCAACGUACACUCCUGGCGGAGGAAGUACCCCUGCCGCUACUGCGAGAAAGUGUUCGCCCUGGCUGAGUACCGUACCAAGCACGAAGUGUGGCACACUGGGGAGCGCAGGUACCAGUGCAUCUUCUGCUGGGAGACAUUUGUCACUUACUAUAACCUGAAGACCCACCAGCGAGCCUUCCAUGGCAUUAGCCCGGGCCUCCUAGCCAGUGAGAAGACACCCAAUGGAGGCUAUAAGCCCAAGCUCAAUACCCUCAAGCUGUACCGCCUGCUCCCCAUGCGGGCAGCCAAGCGGCCCUACAAGACCUACAGCCAGGGAGCCCCCGAGGCCCCCCUUUCUCCAAGCCUCAACACACCAGCCCCUGCAGCAUUGCCGCCCAGCCCACCACCUGGACCCCCACCUGCCCCAGAGCCUGGCCCUCCACCCUCUGUCAUCACUUUUGCCCACCCAGCUCCCUCUGUCAUUGUUCAUGGGGGCAGUAGCAAUGGUGGAGCGGGGGGUGGGCUGGCCAGCACAGGGGGUGCCCAAGCCGCCUCAGUUAUCACUUAUACUGCCCCCCCGAGACCCCCCAAAAAGCGUGAGUACCCACCUCCUCCCCCAGAGCCUGCAGCCACACCAACAAGCCCAGCCACAGCAGGCAGCCCAGCAACGGCUGCAGGGCCUGCCACGGCCACAGAGGAGGCCAAAGGCCGCAACCCUCGGGCUGGAAGGACUCUGACCUACACGGCCAAGCCAGCUGGUGGGAUUGGCGGGGGUGGGGGUCUUCCUGCAGGGCCUAGUAGAGGCCCUUCUCAGUUACAGGCACCACCUCCACUGUGUCAGAUCACUGUGCGAAUCGGUGAGGAGGCCAUUGUCAAGCGCCGCAUCUCAGAAACUGACCUUCGUCCUGGGGAGCUGAGUGGCGAGGAGGUGGAGGAGAGUGAGGAGGACGAUGAAGAGGAGGACGAUGAGGAGGAGGAGGAGGAGGAGGAAGAAUCGAAGGCUGGUGGGGAGGACCAGCUCUGGAGGCCCUACUACUCCUACAAGCCCAAGCGCAAGGCUGGAGCCGCAGGCGCAGGCAGCAGCGGGGCCAGCGGGAUGCCCAGAGGCCGCAGGCCACCUCGCUGGAGACAGAAGCUGGAACGGAGGAGCUGGGAGGAGACCCCAGCGGCUGAGGGCCCUGCAGGACGUGCCCGUGGUGAGCGGAGGCAUCGCUGCGGGGACUGUGCCCAGACAUUCACCACCCUGAGGAAGCUGCGAAAGCACCAGGAGGCCCACAGUGGGGGCUCCCACAGCUCCCGGGCUGGACGGAGGCCUUCCACCCGUUUCACCUGCCCUCAUUGUGCCAAGGUGUGCAAGACAGCAGCUGCCCUGAGCCGCCAUGGGCAGAGGCAUGCUGCUGAGCGGCCCGGGGGCACACCCACACCUGUCAUUGCCUACUCCAAGGGCAGCAUUGGCACAAGACCCAGGGAUGUCAAGGAGGAGGCCCCCCAAGAGAUGCAAGUCUCCUCAUCCAGCGGGGAGGCAGGUGGCGGGAGUGCUGCUGCUGAGGAAGCUUCUGAGACCGCCUCACUCCAGGACCCUGUCAUCUCAGGGGGUGAGGAGCCCCCAGUGGUGGCAGGAGGGGGCACCUAUGCAUACCAGCCUGUGCAGGAAUUUCCACUGGCUCUGAUUGGGAGUGGCCGGGAACCUGGCAGUGGCAGGGGAAAACCUGGAAGUGAGGGGCCUGUGGGGGCUGGGGAGGGUGACCGGAUGGAAGGGAUGGGGGCUGCCAAAGUCACCUUCUACCCUGAGCCCUACCCUCUUGUCUAUGGCCCCCAGCUCCUUGCUGCCUACCCUUACAACUUCAGCAACUUGGCUGCUCUCCCAGUUGCUCUUAACAUGGUCCUACCUGAUGAGAAGAGUGGGGGGGCCCUUCCCUUCCUACCAGGGGUCUUUGGCUACGCAGUCAAUCCUCAAGCAGCAGCCCCUACACCCCCAACUCCACCCCCUCCAACUCUUCCUCCACCAGUCCCCCCUAAGGGAGAAGGGGAACGAGCAGGGGUUGAGGGAACCCAGAAGGGAGAUGUGGGGUGAGCUCUGGGCCCAGAUCUCCCCUUUCACCAGAUGCCACCCUCCCUGAACCCCCGCCACUACCAGCUCCCUGGUUUCCCUGCCCCUUGGGAACCCCUUCACACUUUUGUGCAGGGACUCAGGGGCCCCUGGAGCUCAGGAGUCAGGAUGUUUUGUGUGAGAUUGUAGUUUUCCCAUAUCUUCUGGGAAGGGAUCUCUGAUGGUUCCCCUCUCAGUUCUCCUCCAGGGAAUGGCCUCCACGAGGGGCAGGGCCAGUUCCCGUCCCUUCUCCAGCCCUUGGGGCAACUGAGCAAUAUACUUAUAUGAAUCUCUACUCAUGGCCCCCACCAGCUCUGAAUGUCUAACCCACCCCCCUGAUUUGUAAACCUAGGGGGAAACCAUCUCUCUCACCUAGUGAUUCCCCCUCAUUCUGAAACUUUCUCUAAGCCCUUGCCCAGAUGCUUCCUAGCACAUUCCAUUCUUAGCGGCCCAGGGCCUGGACCAGACCAUUGUGAUACCUGACACCCACCUUCCUGGGAGUUUGGCUUUGGAUUCUAUUCUUCCAAGCGUGGAUUUCUGUGUCCCUGUUUCCUUCACAUUAAGAUGCCAUGCCUUCUUUGGCUUCCAUACCUUUGGAUCUUCCAUAUUUCUCCUCAUACUCCUAGACUCUGGAGAUGGCCUCCCCCAAUCCAGAUCAAGGGGGUGUUGAGGGGAUACCAUCUGUUCCAUGGCUGAGCACUUCCCCAGCCCAGGGCAGCACCAAUCUUGGCCCUAUCCUGAUUCCCAAAUCCAGUGAGCCCCAGAUUCUUCCAAGGCAAAAGAGGUGAGGAGAUCACACCUCUUUCUGCAUCUACAUAUGGCCUCUUCUGGGCUAAACCAGAUUUGGGGGCUAGGAGGGAGGAGCUCCAUAUGGGAUGGGAAAAGGAAUCUAUUUUCUCCCUGGUUUUUUUUUUUUUUCCCUGAUGGUUUCUCCCAGACUAGACCAAAUAGCCAGAAAAAUGAUGGGGUUUGGAUGGGUGGGUAAGCCCAAGAUUUGCACAUGACCUCCCAUCCUUACCUUUACCCCAUCUUCCCCAGUGUCGCUUUCCUUACUAAUCACUCCAGAUGGUUUUUGGGGAACCAUCCUACUCCCUUGGUGGGCUUUGGGGUAUCCCCACCAACUUUCCCUCCAAAAUAGCACCUUAUACCCCAUCUUUGACUCAGUUCCCCACACCCAAAGAUCCCAGCCUAGGGAUGGGGUGCAGGGACCUUAAAUAGUCCCUAAUCCCUAAUUUGCACUAGUUAACCCUGGUCAGGGGUCCCUAUGUUUCCUUCCAGUGGGGAGUUAAAUGUUUGCUCCUAAUUCUCUGAUAACUGGGCCUCCCCACUCUGUGAUUGGAUGAACAUUUCCCAUCAGACCCCCCCAACCACCCCCAAAAAAAAGCAGCUCCAAAGGAGAGCCAGUUUUGGGGAGCAAAUUUGGUAAAUGGGAAUUAGAGGAGGAGUGCAGUUUUAAAAAGGGGAAAAGUUGCUGUCAUCAAACGUCAGCCUUUUUCCCAGCUACUGUUUUCUGGGGCCAAGAUGGCUGCCCUCUCAAUAGAUACUGAAAGGGCAAGAUCAUGGCUUUUGGAGGGAGGUGAGUUUGGGGGGAGGGACAGGAACAUCUUCCUGCCUCCUCUUACCCUCCCAACCUAUAUAAGUGGGGGAGGUUUUCAACAGGCUCCCUGAAUGUUAACCACGGAGGAGUGUUGUUCCUUCACUCCUCCUCUGUCUCUUUGCACUUUUCUUGGUCUUGGCCACAGUCCGAGUGAAGAGUUUUCCUACUGAAUGUACCAAGUUCCAAUUUUUAUGGGAGAAAAAAAAUUUUUAACAGGGAAAAAUGCAAAAAAAAUCACUAAAAAGUUCCCACAAAUUUUGUUUCUGGCACUUUAGAAAAACUGCGAAAAAUACAUAAUAAAGCAUAUAUAUAUAUAUAUCUA